AUGAAUGCCAUCAUUUGGAAUGUGAGAGGUAUAGCUAGUGUAGCUACUCGUCGGCGCCUGAAGAAACUUUUACAGCUUCAUCAGGUUUAUCUUCUAGUUCUACUGGAGCCUUUUAUUUUGCGGCAGAAUUUUGCAUAUACACGACGCUAUCUGCGCUUCGACAUGGGAGCUAAGAAUGAAUCGAAUAAGAUCUGGUUUUUCUGGAAUUCGGGGACUAAUGUUACUGUUAUUGUUGAUCAUCCCCAGUUUCUUCACGUUAGAGUUGAGGAUCCCAGACUAGCGCGUGCUAUCUAUUUGACUCCAGUCUAUGCGUCAUGCGAUGCUACUAUCAGGAGAGAUUUGUGGGCAGGUCUUCACCACAUCUCCCACGAUAUGGACGAUCCUUGGCUAGUUGGAGGAGACUUUAAUGUUAUUACACAUGAUGGAGAGCGCACUGGUCAUAAUACCCAUAAUCGUGGCACUAUUGCUUUCUCUGAUAUGAUGUUAGACUGUGGUUUAGAGGAUGCAGCUUACAGUGAAACACUUGAAUCGGACUUCAUCGAUCACUCUCCUUUACUGCUUCAGUGGGUUUCUGAUGAUGAUUUGGGGCCUAGACCGUUCAGAUUCCUCAAUGUUUGGACCAAGCACCAUGAUUUUCUAGCCUUUGUCUCCCAGAAGUAG